CUAGCGUACUAAACAGUAUGCUACAGCGUGUACUUUCGCACUACUGUCACAUGCUCUGUAGUGCGCUAGUAUGCGGUUUAGGACGUAAACUGUGUCCCUCCUACUAGUCACCAGCACGUUGUAUGAGGAAGGGCACAUAAAUAUAACUACUGGUUAUCUCAUCUUCAAGGACAAUGUCAAGCUUAGCUGCUGCAAGUGUGGAGCCCAAAGCUGCUGAGGAGAAGAAGCCACUGAAGCCAUGCUGUGCCUGCCCUGAAACUAAAAAAGCAAGGGAUGCCUGUAUAAUCGAGAAGGGUGAAGAAAGAUGCACAGAUCUUAUCGAGGCUCACAAGGAGUGUAUGAGGGCGCUCGGCUUUAAGAUAUAACAGCAAAGGACUGGAUUGUGAGGAUGCCGUGUGGACUGUGGUGGAAUGUGUGGACUACUAUUUAUAUUGCUGUGAGAAGAGAUUUUUUGUGUUUUUUUCCCAGUUGUUCCUCUGAAUGUGAUGUGUUAGCUUGUUGCAAAAUUACUUUGGAAUAAAGAUCCUAUGCAAUCCUA